AUGUCUUCUCCUUCACGAGGGAUUGCUCUUCUUUCCUAUCCCAACUAUGAAGUAUUUCCAGUGUUGAUUCAAAUAUUAUCUCAUUUGGAACCAGUAGCAAAUUAUGCCUUGUUCGGAACAGGACGACGAUCAUCGACACCACACGGAACACCCUUUCAUCAAGCCUUUGAUCAUCUACUGGAAUAUAUUUGGAAAGGCAAUCAAGAUCCAUUACAACAACAACAACAAUUAAUGGAGAGAUUGGUACAAACUUUGAAAGAAGCAUACCCUCUACCAGAUAAUCCCGAUAUCAUGGAAUUAUUUGUUACAAUGGUAUCAUUGUUGAUGGAUGCCAAUCAUGAACUGGCAACAGUAUUUUGUACUGAACGAGCAACCGUCUUAACAAUGUGUCCAGCUUGCACAUUUACCAAUAACCCUCGAACAGACAUGACAUCCAAGCACAAAGUCUCAACGCAACAGUGGAAAGAAUUUGAGUCCACUGGAAUUCUAGAUACUGCAUUGAUUGAAGAUGUUGAUGGAUAUCAUUGUCAAGUUUGCGGCACAACAUAUACUGCCCGAAAAAGUGACCUUAUUUCCAAACCACCUGAAAUACUCGUAUUAGAAUUAGAUCGAUAUUUUUUCAAUUAUGAAACAUUUACUCUGCAAAAGUCCAAUACCCUAUUCUCGUUAGAUGUAAAAACUCCUUUACCAUUCAGAUAUUACACACAAGAGGGAUCAGCCAUCCAAUUGUAUGAUUUAGUUGCUGUGGCCAACCAUGAAGGGUUAGGGACAAGUGGUGUUUAUUCGUGCUGCUUCUGGAAUACUGCAUUACAUAAAUGGUUUUGCUGUCAUGGUAAUCAGCUUCCAACACCCUUCACUCACAAUCUUGAAUCGUUCAUAACCCCUUCGAAUUAUGUUCUCUUUUUCACCAAGAAGAAACCAAUACAACAAAAACCAUCCUUUUUACGACAGUUUGGAACCAUGGACAUUAGCUUUUCGUUCUCUGAAUAA